AAGGUAAACGUCAUCUAUUGAGUGGGUGUUCAACUGGUUAAUUUAAGCGGAUUUUUUUAAUAUGUUUUAACGCCGAAAUUAUGUACUAAAAGAACUAUAUUAUAUCAAAUAAUUGAUUUAAAAUAAAUAUAGAUACGGAAAACUUAAGUUAACACGGUACAUGUUGUGAUCUUUGAGCUGCAAUAAUCAAUUAACAUGUCGGGAACGACGUGGACUAAACUUGUCAUCAACCUCUUUAUUCUACUUGCUCUACUAAGUAAAGAAAGUGGCGCGAAGUCGAAUUCUAGAAAUGCUGUUGUGGACGAUAUAGCUGACUUCAAAGAUUUCAAAAAAUUACUAAGAACCAAAACCAAUGUAUUGGUAUUGUUUGUUGCGGGUGUGAAGGAAUCACCUGUUGAGUUGAAGGUAUUUCGUGAAGCAGCGAAUGCAAUACGCGGCACAGGUACCAUGGUGCUAAUUGAUUGUACACAAACUGAACGAAAGAAACUAUGCAAAAAGUUGAAAGUUUCUCCAAGUCCAUAUUUGUUUAAACAUUAUAAAGAUGGCGACUUUCAUAAAGAUUAUGAUCGCCAAGUUAGUGUGGCAUCGAUGAUCAAUUUCAUGCGUGAUCCUGCUGGUGAUCUACCCUGGGAGGAGGAUCCGGUAGGGGCGGAUGUAUUACAUUUUUCCGACUACCAAUCAUUCCAGCGUCACUUGCGCAAAGAUAUGCGUCCCAUGUUAGUAAUGUUCUAUGUUCCAUGGUGUGGCUUUUGUAAACGUCUUAAACCUGAUUAUUCCAAGGCGGCAACAGAGGUAAAAGGUAAAAACUACGUCAUUGCGGCCAUGGAUGUGGAGCGUACAGAAAAUGCGCCGGCAAGACGUGCAUAUAAUAUUACAGGAUUUCCCACAAUACUUUAUUUUGAGCGCGGGCAGUUGAAGCGCUCCUAUGAGGGAGACAAUAAUAAAGACGGGAUUAUCGCUUUCAUGAAAGAUCCGGAUGCAGCACCUGUAGAAAAAGAAAAAGAGGCAGAUUGGUCAGCUGACCCGAACUCUGAAAUCGUACAUUUGACAACUCAAGGUUUUGAGCCUGUACUUAAAGAUGAGAAAUCAGUUUUAGUUAUGUUUUAUGCGCCUUGGUGUGGCCAUUGCAAACGCAUGAAGCCCGAGUACGAAAAGGCUGCUCUAAUUAUGAAAGAACGGAAAAUACCAGGUAUAUUAGCUGCUUUAGACGCAACUAAGGAAAAAGCGAUUGCCGAACAAUUUGAAGUGCGCGGCUACCCGACACUUAAAUUUUUCAUUAAUGGUAUAUUCAAAUUUGAUGUAAAUGUGCGAGACGCACCAAAAAUUGUCGAAUUUAUGCGCGACCCGAAGGAACCGCCACCACCACCUCCGCCAGAAAAAUCGUGGGAAGAGGAAGACACUGAAGUGUUAUUUUUGAAUGAUGAGAAUUUCAGCACAAUAUUGAAGCGAAAAAAACAUGCUCUUGUUAUGUUCUAUGCACCGUGGUGUGGCCACUGUAAAAAAGCUAAGCCAGAGUUUUCCGCAGCAGCCGAAGAAUUAAAGGACGAUCUACGUAUAGUUUUUGCUGCUGUGGAUUGUACCAAGUAUCAGAAUCUGUGUCAAUCCCACGGUGCUAACGGUUAUCCUACUAUCACUUACUUUUCGUACCUUAAAACGAAAGCGGAUUACAAUGGCGGUCGUAGCAGAAAGGAUUUUGUGGCUUACAUGUCUAAUCCAAAUCUCUCGGCCAGUGAACCCGUGCAUAUCAAACACAAAGCAGAUGAACUGUGAUGUCCUCAAACACUAUUCUCAUUUCUGUAGCGGAAGAAAUACUUCUACUAUUGCCCAACGAAUGCUCGAUUUUAAUUGCUAUUAUUUACACCUAUUUCUCUUUCAAGUUAAUGAAAAGUAUUAUCGAUUAUGUAUUCUAUAAUUUUAAUAUCUACAAUAGUGUAACUGUUUCCACUGCGCUCUCAACUUUUGAUAUUAUCUAUUUUAUUAAAUAAACUUUGCCAACCUACUUUCGGCAUUCAUCUCAUGACUGUUGGAAAAAGUAUUUCAUAGAUUUAA